AUGGAGCCCGUCGGGGUGCGUCCUCCAGCCCCACACUCCCUCGUACCCCAGCCGGACUACCAACCCCAGCCUCAACAGUCCCAGGCUCCGGGGUGCGACCUCAGCCCCUCACGGGUCCAGUGCCAGCCCCACAAGUGGGUGGGGUGCUCAGCCCCACGUGGGGUUCAUCCCCAUGGUCGUAACGCUCCCUCACCCGAGCCCCACUGGGUUCAACCCCACGUCCCCCCAGCCCCCACGCGGCCCUCGGGAUGCCAGGAGUCUCCCAGCGCCCUGUCCCCCGAGGGAGCUCCCUCACGCCACCCUCCAGCCCCAACACACACGUCCCCCAGCCCUACACUGGGGGUCCCCAGUCCCAACCCCACCCCACGCUCCCUCACCCCAGCCCCACGUUGUUGCCCAAGGUCCCCACACUACCUCACCCCAGUCCCAACCACUGGGUCCACCCCACGCCCCAGCUGGGUGUCAUGGUUGGGGUCCCCCAUGAGUGCCCCCACCCCACGUGCCCCAGCCCCAGCAACGCCAUCCUGGUCCCCACCCCAGUUCCUCAGUGCCUCAGCGGGUGCCACAACCACGUCCCUCCCCCAGGCCCACACACUCCCUCACCCCAAGUCCCGGCCCGAGAUUGAGGUGGGGGUCCCCCUGACGUCCCCAGCCAACAACCAGCACGUCCCCCCAGCCCCAACACCUACCUCACCCCAGCCCCAACCCCACACUGUCCCAGGCCCGACGUCCCCGCAGCCCCACGCUCCCUCACCCAAGCCCCACGUGUCCCCCCAGCCCCACACUACCCUCCCCCCAGCCCCCAACCCCACACACUACCUCACCCUGAACCCCAACCCCACGUCCCCCCAGGGAGGACACUCCCGUCACCCCAGCCCGAGCCCCAUCCCCACGGGGGUGCAGUGGGGUCGGGGUUGA